AUGACUCUCAAACAUCUAAAAGGCCCCGCGAACAAGGCGAUUAGUAACGGCACAUCCGUCGAUGUCGCAGGAACUGUGAAGAAAGUCCUAGACGAUAUUAAAGCUGACGGCGAUCAGGCAGUAGGAAAGUACUCGGCACAGUUUGAUCACUGGUCGCCGGCUUCUUUCAAACUAUCGCAGGAUCAGAUUGAUGCCGCGAUCGCUGCAGUGCCGAGUCAAACUAUUGACGACAUCAAAACCGCCCAGCAGAAUAUUCGUAAAUUUGCCGAGGCCCAGCGGGACUCGCUUCGUGAGUUUGAGCUAGAAAUUGAACCAGGUGUGUUCUUGGGUCAGAAGAACACACCCAUUAACAGAGUGGGAGCCUAUAUUCCUGGAGGGCGCUACCCUCUCCUAGCAAGUGCGCACAUGACUAUUUUGACCGCCAAAGUUGCCGGUGUUCCCCAUGUUACAGCGUGCACUCCUCCAUCAGCUGGGGCGGUACCAAAUGCAACGAUUGCGGCCAUUCAUCUGGCAGGUGCAGACGAGAUUUAUUUACUAGGCGGUGUUCAGGCCAUUGGAGCCAUGGCUCUGGGUACAGAAUCGAUUGCUCCAGUGGACUUUCUUGCAGGUCCUGGAAAUGCUUUCGUGGCAGAGGCAAAGCGACAAUUAUUCGGUCAGGUGGGCAUUGAUCUCUUUGCCGGACCUACAGAAAUCCUAGUUAUUGCCGACGAAGAGGCCGAUCCUUAUACAUGUGCAGUUGAUCUUUUGUCACAGGCUGAGCAUGGACCAGAUUCGCCUGCAAUUCUUCUCACCACCUCCGAAAGUGUUGGGCAGAAGACAAUCGAAUAUAUAGACAGCCUUCUCAAGGUCCUUCCAACUGCCCCGGUCGCCGGUGCUGCCUGGGAGUCAUUUGGACAGGUGAUAGUGGUAGACACAAUGGAGGAGAUAUGGCAAGUUGCUGACGACAUUGCUUCUGAGCAUGUGGAAGUUCUGACGAAAUCGCCACGAGAUGCUCUGAAAUGUAUGAAAAACUAUGGAGCGUUAUUCCUUGGUGAGGGCACAUGUGUUUCGUAUGGCGACAAGUGCAUUGGAACAAAUCACGUUCUCCCAACGCGCAAAGCCGCUCGGUACACUGGCGGACUUUGGGUAGGCAAGUUCCUACGGACCACCACCUACCAAGAGGUCAAAAACUCCGACGCAAGCGGUAGGCUAGGUCGGCUUUGUGGAAGGGCAUCCCGAGCAGAAAAUUUCGAAGGUCAUGCUCGUUCUGGAGAUCUUCGCGCUCAUAAAUUCCUGGGUGACAAGGUAGAAUGGAUUAAUCAGACGAGUGGCUUGCCUUUUGUCAGAGCGUCUCAGAAUUCGCCAACAGCGCCAGUAGCGACCGUGCAAAAUGGCAGUUACAUUGGAGUUCAUAACGACGUCUACAAUGUUGAUUAUUUCCUUGGCAUGCCAUUUGCACAACCUCCGAUAGGGGAUCUUCGACUGGCCUUGCCAGCCUCUCUAAAUUCUUCUUUCGGGACACGCAAUGCGACACGACUAGGACCAGGGUGUAUUGAGUUUUCCAUUGCUGGUUUUGAUCGACCUCUUUCUGAAGACUGCCUCAGCAUUAAUGUGUAUAGACCUUCCGGCUAUGAGAAGGAACGGCUCCCCGUCCUGGUCUGGAUAUACGGGUACGUUCAUAUGAAACAAAUACUGAAAAAAAUACCAGAAGUUGACUCAAUCGUAAGAGGCGGGUUUGUCCAAGGCCUCAAUACCGAUCCUAGGUAUAAUUUAACUUUCAUUGUGAAGAAUUCAGUAGCCAUGGGAAAGCCUAUAAUUGCCGCAAGUAUCAACUAUCGUCUUGGUGGCUUUGGCUUUUUAGACAGCCCACAACUGCGAGAAGAAGGGCUAUCUAACCUCGGUCUCCGCGACCAACGACUCGCUUUACAUUGGGUCCAAGAAAAUAUCCAUGCCUUUGGCGGUGACUCAUCUAAAGUUACAAUAUGGGGCCAGUCUGCUGGUGCGAUGAGCGUCGGUUCCCAGAUUUUGGCUUUUGGCGGCCGUAAUGACUCCCUUUUUCGAGCUGCCAUAGCCGAUAGCGGAGGACCACUCGGUGCUCAGCCUCCCACUGCCAACGAGUCUCUAGCCACAUGGGAUAACAUUGUAGAUAUCGCCGGUUCCUCAUCUGCGACAGAUCAGAUUUCUUGCCUACGCAGCGUGUCAGUGGCCAACUAUACAAAUGCCGCUAAUCAAACGAGCGGGUCGUAUUCGCCGGUUUAUGACGGCGACUUCCUCCCUACUUAUAACUCGGAGCAGGUCAAGUCGGGAGAGUUCCUCAAGGUACCACUAAUUAUCGGAAGCAAUGUGGAUGAAGGGACGGAAUUCGUGGGUGGUGCUCCAUAUAUCGGGGCACUCCCCUCCACCACCUAUCCAAACACAACAUCAUUCCUGAGUGUAGCCGAGGGAUAUGUUAGAAAUACCUCUCAGCUGGAACCGGUGCUCGCUGCUUUAUCAGUUCUCUAUCCAGAUAUUCCCGCUAUUAGUGUUCCACAUAGCUAUCAUGGUCGUCUAAACUCAACAUUUGGAGCGCAGUACGCCCGGAUCGCUACUCUUGCGGGGGAUUUAGUGAUUCACCGCGGCCGUAGGCUGAGUGCUCAGUCAUGGUCGAAGCAUGGUGUCCCAGUCUACUCGUACAAUUUUGCCGCGUGGCCGAUUGGGGGGCUUCCAAAUUUCACUGGUACAACACAUUUUACUGAAAUUCAACUUAUUUUUGACAACGAAGAUGGCAAUGGGUACUUGUACCCAUGGUAUCCUUCCGGGAGCGAGUUUACUAGACAAGGAAAGGCAUUCACAUCACUAGCCAGGCUUAUGAGUCGAAUGUGGAUCUCGUUUGUUACUGACCUCAAUCCAAACUAUCAUGGCAUUACCAAGGAUUACCGUGGAAGUGCCAUUCCAGAAUGGCCACUAUAUGCAGCCAAUUCCACUGAUGCCUUGGAUGGCUACGGAGUCAAUUACAGGUUUGAUCUGGAAGAGCCUAGUUUGGCGAUAGUCGAGAAGGAUACAUGGCGCGCCGAAGCACUUGCUUAUCUCAUUGACAACAGUGCUAGUAUUUUUGGUAGCUAA